UGAUGCUCUUGAUCCAGUUGUCUCUGAGCAAAGAUGAUGUCCGCCUGGUUUCUGGUGCUGUUGGGGGUCUGUGGUCUGGUUGGAAUCCAGGCUCAGUAUGAUCGGAUUCUGAAUCCUGAGAGAACCACAGAAGAAGAGCUGCGAGUCCUGGUGCAGCUGCUGGCAGUCAGAGUGGAGAAACUGGAGAAAGAGAGUGAAGCCAGAGGUAAAGCUCAGGUGGCGUUCUCAGCCUCGCUCAUGAACAGCAACGGGGAGUGGAGAACUCAGGGCCCGCAUAUCAACGACGUCAGGCUAAUGUUCCAGAAGGUGACGACAAACAUCGGCAACGCCUACAACCCCAACACAGGUAUCUUCACUGUCCCUGUCAAAGGACUCUACUACAUCCGUUUCACCGGGAUGGCUGGUGACUCAAAGCCCAUGAAUGCAGUGCUGAUCAAGAAUGAGGAGCUCAUGUUCGAAAUCUACACAGCGGUGGUACCCCAGAGCAGUGCCUCCAAUGGCAUUACGCUGGUCCUGGAAAAGGGGGACCGCCUCUGGGUCACCCUCUGGAACCAGAACACCAUCUUUGACCAGUCUCGGCUGAGCACCUUCAGCGGCUUCCUCGUCUUUCCCAUGGAGGGGGAGCCUUAGACACCUACCACGUGGGUGUCAGCAGUUGCUGAAGCUUGGUAGAAUCAGGAAAGAGAGCAACAUGUGAGGUUUUCACAGCAUGUUUGUUCAA